AUGUUGCGUUCUUCAAAAAUUAUAGAACUUCCCAAAGAAGAUGUUGGUACGCUCCAAAAUGGUAAAGAAUUUGACAGCUCUAGAAAGCGUGGAAAACCAUUCGAGUGUAAAAUUGGUGUUGGACAUGUAAUUAAAGGUGUUCCUCAGCUUAGUCUCGGCCAAAAGGCUAUACUUACGAUCACUCCCGAUUAUGGUUAUGGCGCACAAGGCCAUCGUGAUGUUAUUCCUGGUAAUUCUACCUUGAUCUUUGAAGUGGAACUUCUUGGAAUUAAUUAA